AGCGUCCAUCGAGAACCGUCCAAUCCUCCCAGGCACUCGCUGACGGUAUAUAAAGGUCGCCGGGCGAAGGGUCUCCACCGUCGCCAGCCAUGAAGACCCUCGUCCUCUGUGUGCUCGUUGCUGGGGCUUUUGCCGCCCCCUCCAGGAAGCCUACCUUCCGCCGCGGUCUCAACAAGAUCGUCGGAGGAACUAACGCCUCUCCUGGUGAGCUUCCUUACCAGCUCAGCUUCCAGGACAUUUCAUUCGGCUUCCCGUUCCACUUCUGCGGCGCCUCCAUCUACAAUGAACAUUGGGCCAUCUGUGCCGGCCACUGCGUCCAAGGCGAGGACAUGAACAAUCCUGAUUACCUGCAAGUCGUUGCCGGAGAGCACGAUCAGGAUGUGGAUGAGGGCAACGAGCAGACGGUCAUCCUCUCCAAGAUCAUUCAACACGAAGGUUACAACGGCUUCACCAUCAGCAACGACAUUUCCCUGCUGAAGUUCUCUCAGCCCCUGACCUUCAACAACUUCGUGAGCGCCAUCGAUAUUCCCGCUCAGGGUCACGCUGCCUCUGGUGACUGCAUCGUGUCCGGCUGGGGAACCACCAGCGAGGGAGGAAACACCCCCAGUGUCCUCCAGAAGGUGUCCGUUCCCAUCGUGUCCGAUGCCGAGUGUCGCGAUGCUUAUGGCCAGAAUGAGAUUGAUGACUCCAUGAUCUGCGCCGGAGUGCCCGAGGGCGGCAAGGACUCGUGCCAGGGUGACUCUGGCGGUCCCCUUGCUUGCUCUGACACCGGCUCCACCUACCUGGCCGGCAUCGUGUCCUGGGGCUACGGCUGUGCCCGUCCCAACUACCCUGGAGUGUAUGCUGAGGUCGCCUAUCAUGUCGAUUGGAUCAAGGCCAAUGCUGUUUAAUCUAGCUUUGAUUUAAGAUGCAUUUGCCUUAAAUGUGUUAAAUAAAGAAAUAAUAUACAA